AUGUCGGUGUCGAUGUCGGAGCUUCCGGAGGAUUUGUUGAAGGACAUUCUCUCCCGACUACCGGUGAAAGAUCUGCUACGUCUCAGGUGCGUUUCCAAACAGUGGUGUGCCCUAAUUGACUCACCUAUCUUCAUAAAAUUGCAACUCAAUCGAUCACUUCAAACUGGAACCAAUUUGAAUCUGAUUUGCACUGAGUACGGAAAUAUAUUUUCAGUAGACUUAGAUAUGCUUGAGGGUGUCUUGAAACUUGGUGGUAGUGUCCCACCUUUAGACGUUGUAGAAGUCGAUUACCCCAUCAAUCCCUUCAAAUGUGAGUUCAUUUUGACUGAAAUGAAAGCCGUUACCUUGUUAAAUCCUUCAACCAAGGAGUACAAAAUUUUACCCCCACUGCCACCUCACAACGACGAAAAUUUUUCGUAUGAUAAGAAUUGGGAUGACGAAUUUUUCCGCCUAUUUCAUGAAAUAAUGUAUGAUUCUGUUGGUGAUGAUUACAAGGUGGUUAGAAUUGUGCAAUUCAAAUUUGCUUCUGGUUCAUUUUCCUCUGAAAUAAUGGUUUAUAGUUUAAGAUUGAAUAUGUGGAGGCGGGUAUAUGAUAGCUUCUAUUAUUACAUUUACUUGUCUGAUGCAUGUGAGAGAGAUCCUUGUGUGGUUGUGAAUGGUGCUUUGCAUUUGUUAGCUUGUGAAGAUCCAUUAGAUUUGUUUAACACUGUUGUUGGUUUUGAUCCUGUGAAUGAGGUAUUCUUGGAAGUGGAGGCGCCAAGCGUUUCUGGUGUUAGUAACGGGACCUUGGGUGUUUUAGAUGGAUGCUUGUGCAUACUUUAUGCAAUCAAUGAAGAAUAUGCUUUUGAAUUAUGGGUCAUGAAUGAUUAUAUGGUGAAGGAGUCAUGGACAAAACUUUUCACAGUUUUCACUGUAAGGAUUCUGAAUUUGAUAAGAGUGCAUCAUAUUCUGCAAUGUCCAAGGGUUUUGGCUUAUUCUAAGAUUAAUAGGGAAGUUAUCUUGUUGCAAAUGUUUGGUAAAUUAGUUUGGUAUGACCUGAAAGAGGAAAGGGGCAUGGAUCUCAACAUUUCAUCAUCUCUCGUGCGUUUUAAUGUGAAAAGCCUUGUGAAGCUCAAUCAUGAUCAAUGA